GAUCUCCGGGGCCGGGGCCAGGGCCGGGGCCAGGGAGGGCUCCGGCUCCGGUCGCCGCCGCCCACGCAGAGUACCUUCCCCAGACAUGUCCCCCAACUACAUCCGGAGCUUCUCGGAGGGAUGUCUCAGGCCACCAACGGUAAUUGGCCAAUUCCACACUCUUUUUUUUGGCUCAAUUCGAAUGUUUUUCCUUGGCGUUUUGGGCUUUGCUGUUUAUGGAAAUGAGGCCUUGCAUUUCAGCUGUGACCCAGACAAGAGAGAGGUUAAUCUUUUCUGUUACAACCAGUUCAGGCCUAUAACUCCUCAGGUUUUCUGGGCAUUACAGCUGGUGAUUGUACUCGUACCUGGAGCCUUUUUUCACCUUUACGCUGCAUGUAAGAGCAUCAAACAGGAAGAUAUUCUCCAAAAGUCAUCCUACACGGGUUUUUAUAUCUUCUCUGUUUUCUUAAGGAUUGUCCUUGAAGUUGUUGCUUUUUGGCUUCAGAUUCAGCUCUUUGGUUUCAAAGUGAACGCAAUCUACAUGUGUGAUGUGGGAGCACUUGAAAAAAAGAUUAACGUUACCCGGUGCAUGGUGCCAGAGCACUUUGAAAAGACAAUUUUUCUUAUUGCAAUGUAUACAUUUACUGUGAUUACAAUGAUCUUGUGUGUUGCUGAAAUUUUUGAGAUCUCAUGUAGAAGGCUAGGUUUCUUAAAAACUCAGUGAGGUCAACCACUCCUACUCAUUUACCACCGUGUCCACCUGUAGUUUUAUCAAAAUUAUUUCAAGCCAUAACAAAAAACAUCUCCUGUCCUCUAUGUAGUGUUGCAGAAGAGAACCACACUCAUGAUUACUGCUGCAGAAUAGUCAUCUGACAUUUACUCCUUAUCUAAAAACUACCACAUCAUGUGAAUAAUCUUUGUUUCCAUGUCAAGACUAAAGACAAUAAGAUUUACAAGAGUAACAUAUUUUCAUGACCUGCCACAAACAAUAGUUUUGCCUCCAGAGGAAUGUCUGUAUGUGAGGAGGAGGUAAUUUAUAAAUGUACUGUUAUUCACAGGUUUUCUGAAUGCAUGCAAUGGGGGCUAAUAAGGUUAUUGACCUUCCAAGAAAAACUAUUCCAAAUUUCUUAAAUGUUCUUAUGGCUUGAGAAUUAAGCGGUAAUGGUGGAUAAUCUCUGAGUACCAGAAAGAAUUUGAGCAUCUUCCCAAUCAGUGCCACUGUUACAACCUGCAUCUCAGCUCCCCAGGGCAGAGACUCCUGGUUAGAACUGUGGGGACAACAUAUCCAUCAAUACCAGCUUAGUUUGUAGUGGUCUAGCUAGUGUCACCUGCUGGCUGGGAAUCUCCUUUUAUAAGUGAGAGAGUCACAUGGUAUUCUUUGUGCUGACUGGAAUGCCUUACCCUCCUUAUGUUUUGGCUUAAGAUGUAGAAGAUUUUUAAUAAUUUAGCAUGAUCCCAUUUUGAAGGAAUAAAGACUUAAUUUUGCAUAAGAGGCUUAAAAGUGUCAAAAUAAAAUAUCGGAGAUAAGCCUUCUCUAGACCCAAUAAUGACUUGAUUUCAGUGAGAGUUUUGCUUGUGUAUGACUGCAGAAUCAGGCCCACAGAAUUUUUUCCUAUAUGUGUCACACCUAACUUCCUGCUCUGACUAAAGUUGCUAGAAUAACAGCUAAAAAAGAAGUCUGCAUACUAAAAUUAUUCUAUGCAAUAAGUGUAUGUGGUUAAGUUAGGUUUCAAACUUUAUAUAGGUAUCAGAUAUUUUUGUGUGCAACAGUUUCUUCUUAGGGACUAAUAAACAUAUCAAAUUUACAAGUGAUUUCCUUGUGCUGAAGUGAGAUAAUGGAAAUAAAACAGAUUUUAAAAUGGGAAAGAAAGGAGGAAGUAGUUUCCUGUAUAAAAUACAUAAGAAUAGCAAUCAUAACAAUUAGCUAUUUUCUGUUUGUUUUUCAAACAUAAAAACUUGAGAUCCCAGUGACAUUUGGGUCCUUUCAGGAAUAUUUGGAAAAUUCUGGAAAAAUUAUUACCAAAUGUUUUAGCACCAGCUGUUACUUAUGCAGUCCCAAGCAAGGUUGUAAUCCUCACCCACAAUAGUAGUCCUCGUUACAUAAAUGGAAUUGCAUGAUUUAGGUGUCUUGGAUUUGAUUGAAUCUGGGCCAUUUAAAACAAAGUGGGUGACAACUAGAUGUCUGAUUUUUUUUAAUAUGCUGAUCAAGAACAAGAUGAUGAAUUUCAGUGCAUUCACUAUAUUAAAGCAUUAAUGUUAUUUUUUUCCCUACGAGAAUAAGAUAUAUGUUGUCUUAAACGAAUGUCCAGUCAACACCAUCAGAUUUGUUCAAUAUGAAACUUACUUGUAAGUUAUUUGAUAUUUGCAAGCAUUACAAGUGGAAUAAAAAUCACUGUGCUAAUUUCUUGUUUGCAUAAUGUGCCAUGUGCUUUGGUUGAUACAUGUUUAAUUUUUCACUGUAUAUGUCAGUAUCCAUCUGGAAUUAUUCUUUGCAAUUGAAACUUGUAAUCUCAGGUAAAAACCCCUUUUUUAUUUAUAAAAGAAUACAAUAGAUAGAACUACUCAAAAGAAGAAUUUACUUUCAUGUGCUAGGUACAGUUGUGAUCAAUGGUACACAAAUCACACGAUCAGAUAUUUGUAUAGUAAUAAAAUUACUUAAUCACAACCUUGUCAGUAUUUUCCCU